AAAUCUUGUUUGGAUACUAUAGUGGACCUCUUUUCACACAAGAUGAAAUGCAAUGUCUUGAGCAUCCAGCUCUAUGCUCAUUUCGUGACAAGCUUUAUACCAUGCAAGAUGGGUCACAAGCAUCCGGAAAAUCAAUUGCGACACCUACCUUAAAUCACUUUGCAAGGGCUGAAGAAAACGCUGUAAAAUCGGCUACCACAGUUUUUGAUGAAAGAUUGGGUAGUAGAGCACCAAAAUAUGGAGAAGGGAAUUAUACUAAUAGUACUAUUAGAAUGAUUAUUGAAAUAGCCUAUAGCGGGGUUUUGGCAGUUAGAUUUGAAAGUUUAGUAGAAACGAGAGUGUUUGAAAGAAGGCAUAAAAAUGAAGAGCAUACAGUUAUUCCCAAAAAAGAAGAUUUUGCAGCUGCCCAUUUGGCUGAAACUUAUAGAGAGUUGACAAUGGAUGUAGAUGAGAUGGUUAAAGUUGAUGAUUUUAUUACUAAGCUUGAAAGAAAGAAUUUUCAAUGGGGUUUCAGCAAUG